AUGAAUCUUAUUCAACUUGAUCAAAAUAUCUUUCAGUACAGAGUUGUGGAAGAAAUUAGUGCUAUGGAAUCCUUGCAAUAUGACUUCAAUAGCAUUAGAAUUGCAACCAAUAACUUCUCCGAUGCUAAUAAGCUUGGACAAGGUGGAUUUGGUGCUGUUUAUAAGGGUAGGUUUCCAAAUGGAAAAGAAAUAGCUGUGAAGAGGUUGUAUAAGAAUUCUUCACAAGGAGAACUAGAGUUUAAAAAUGAGGUUAUGCUGCUGGCCAAGCUUCAACAUAGGAAUUUGGUUAAGCUCUUGGGAUUUGGCCUAGAAAGAAUAGAAAAAAUUCUCAGCUAUGAGUUCGUAACAAACUUGAGCCUCAAUCAGUUCAUAUUUGGGACAAUUUGGGAAGAUUUAUUCUAUUUUGAUAUUGAUUCAACCAGAGACAUGGAUAAACCUGCAGAUUCCAUCAAUCAUGCACAUUUGGAUUGGGAUGGACGUUACAAGAUCAUAGGAGGUCUAGCUCGGGGACUUUUAUAUCUUCAUGAAGAUUCACGCCUCCGAAUUAUUCAUCGUGAUCUCCAAACCAACAAUGUUCUGUUUAAUCCACCCAAAAAAAACAAUGUUCUGUUAGAUGCAGAGAUGAAGCCCAAAAUUUCAGAUUUUGACUUGGCAAGAUUUUUGUGCUAG